AUGUUUGAUUUUGUAAUUUGUUCUUCUCUUGGUAUUCCUUCUCUGCAAAAUAUGAGAAGCAUGAGACUCUUUCUUUUACUUUCUUUCACUGCGCUAAUGUUAGUUGAAGCAUACAAGUUUAAUGAUGAAACUGAUAAGCAAGCACUGCUCGAGUUCAAGUCUAAAGUAUCUGAAGGAAGAAGAUCUGUCUUGUCCUCAUGGAACAAUUCAUCCCCUCUCUGCAACUGGACAGGGGUUAAAUGUGGCCGGAAACACAAAAGGGUUACUGGUUUGGACCUGGGAGGGCUGCAAUUGGGUGGGACGAUAUCACCAUCUAUUGGUAAUCUUUCGUUUCUCACAUCACUUAAUCUUGAAAAUAACUCUUUUGGUGGAACCAUCCCUCAAGAAGUGGGAAACUUGUUUAGAAUUCAACACUUGCUUAUGUCGUUAAAUUUUCUGGAAGGAGGGAUUCCAACAAGUCUUUAUAACUGCUCUAGAUUGUUCGAGUUUGAAUUAUUUUCAAAUUCUUUUACACAAGAUGUUCCUUCAGAGCUAGGUUCACUGACCAAACUUGCUUAUUUAGAACUUGGUAAAAACAACCUAAAAGGAAAGAUCCCUGCAUCUCUAGGAAACUUGACAUCCCUCAAGUAUCUUAGCUUUGGAAGUAACUAUAUCAAAGGAGGAAUCCCUAAUGAUAUAUCUCGAUUGACCCAAGUACUGUAUCUUGAUUUAUCUAUGAACCACUUUUCUGGUGUUUUUCCUCCUGGAAUUUACAAUUUGUCAUUACUUGAGUCUUUCAACAUCUUUGGUAAUGGUUUCUCUGGGAGCUUAAGGCCUGAUUUUGGUAAUUUACUACCAAACAUUCGAGAGUUGUAUGUGGGAAGUAAUCAUCUCACGGGACUCAUUCCAACAACACUUCCCAAUAUCUCAAACCUUCAAAUGUUGGGAAUGGAAUUUAAUAGUCUCACAGGAAGUAUUCCUUCCAGCUUUGGAAACGUACAAUAUUUGCAAACCUUAGAACUUAAUAAUAAUUCUUUGGGAAGCUACUCAGCUGGAGAUCUUGAUUUUCUUGGUGCUUUAACCAACUGCACGCAACUAGAUGUCUUAACUGUGUCAGAAAAUGUGCUUGGGGGUAUCUUGCCUACCUCUAUUGCCAAUAUCUCCAUAUAUGUUACGGAAUUAAGCCUUGGGUGGAAUCUCAUCUCUGGAAGCAUUCCGCAUGACAUUGGUAAUAUAAUCAACUUACAAACACUUUUGUUGGCAAAUAAUCUACUGUCAGGAAGACUCCCAGCCUCUCUUGGGAAACUUUCAAAUCUAGGCCUAUUAAGUGUCUCUUCAAAUAGAAUGUCUGGAGAGAUACCCUUUUCUAUAGGAAAUAUCACCCGGUUAGAAAAACUUUAUUUGGACAAGAAUAGUUUUGAAGGAACCAUUCCUCCGAGUCUUGGGAAUUGUAGCUAUAUGCUUCGUUUAAGGAUGGAUCAUAACACGUUGACUGGAACUAUACCUCGAGAGAUUAUGCAAAUUUCACCUCUUGUUUUUCUAACCAUGUCAAACAAUUAUUUGACUGGCUCUUUACCAAAAGAUGUUGGAAGCCUUGAACAUCUUGGUACACUGUCUGUUGCAUAUAAUAAAUUAUCAGGGGAACUGCCACAGACUUUGGGGAAGUGUCUCUUGAUGGAACAACUUUAUCUGCAAGUGAAUUCUUUUGAUGGAACCAUUCCAGACAUAAGUGGGUUGGUGGGUGUUAAAGAGGUUGAUUUCUCCAACAAUAAUCUCUCCGGAAGUAUACCAAGAUAUUUGGCAAACUUUAACUCGUUGGAGCAUCUCAAUCUAUCUAUUAACAACUUUGAGGGAAAAGUGCCAACAGAAGGAAAGUUCAAGAAUGCUACUAUUGUUUCAGUAUUUGGAAACAAAAACCUAUGUGGAGGCGUCUUGGAAUUGAAACUAAGUUCAUGCUUAUCACAAGAACUUGAGAAAAGGGCGAAACACUCAUCUCUUUCAAAAAAAGUUGUGAUUGGAGUAUGCAUAGGUGGAUCUAUAUUUAUAAUAUUGUUCAUAGCUUCAGUUUCUCUUUGUUGGUUCAAAAACAGAAAGAAGAACAAAACAAAUGCAGCAACUCCGUCCACCUUUGGGAUUUUCCUUGAACAAAUAAGCUAUGGAGAUCUUCGAAACGCAACAGAUGGUUUCUCUUCAAGUAGUUUGAUUGGGUCAGGCAGCUUUGGUGCAGUGUUUAAAGCAUUGCUUCCAGCACAAAACAAGGUUGUUGCAGUGAAAGUUUUAAACAUGCAGCGACGUGGAGCAAUGAAGAGCUUUAUGGCAGAAUGUGAAUCCUUGAAAGACGUAAGGCAUCGUAAUCUUGUGAAACUGUUGACAGCUUGUUCAAGUAUUGAUUACCAAGGAAAUCAAUUCAGAGCUCUGAUCUAUGAGUUCAUGCCAAAUGGAAGCUUGGAUAUGUGGUUGCAUCCGGAAGAAGUGGAAGAGAUUCAUAGGCCAUCAAGAAAUUUGACACUUCUUGAAAGGCUUCGCAUAGCGAUAGAUGUUGCUUCUGUUCUGGAUUAUCUUCAUGUUCAUUGUCAUGAAGCUAUAGUUCAUUGUGAUCUUAAGCCAAGCAACGUCCUUCUAGACAAUGAUCUAACUGCGCAUGUUAGUGACUUUGGUCUAGCUCGGAUCCUCCUUAAAUUGGACCAGGAAUACUUUCUCAAUCAACUCAGCUCUGCUGGAGUCAGAGGAACCAUCGGCUAUGCUGCACCAGAAUAUGGACUAGGAGGGCAGAUAUCAACACACGGAGAUGUGUAUAGCUUUGGGAUUCUUGUUCUGGAAAUGUUCAGUGGGAAACGACCAACCAAUGAGGUGUUCGGAGAAAACUUUACCCUAUGUAGCUAUGUCAAAUCUGCAUUGCCAGAGCGAGUAUUGGAAGUUGCAGAUGAAUUUAUUCUUCACAGCGGCCUUAGAAUCGGCUUCCCUGCAGCCAAGUGCUUGACACUGGUUUUUGAGGUGGGACUGAGGUGUUGUGAAGAAUCUCCAAUGAGCCGGUUGGCAAUGAGUGAGGCUGUAAAAGAAUUGAUCUCAAUCAGAGAGAGUUUCUUCAGAUCCAGAAGAAGAGCUGGGCGUUGAGGUGUUUGUCCUUCCCUCCACAAACUUGAAGACUUAUUUGAUAUAAUUGUCUUAUGCAUAUUAUGCUUGAAGGUUUUGAAUGUAUGCUAUCUUGCUGUGUAAUUUGCUGACAGUGGACGAAUGUUGUUUGAC